UCAUGUCAGCACAAACGAGAGUAACGAGAUAAAUAACUGAUUGUUUUGUUUUGUUAAAAAAUUUGUGGAAAUACUAUUAUAUUUUUAAUUUUUCAGUGAUACUUUUAAAAAAUGUCAGGUAUAAAUCCAUUUACUGCAUUGUUUGAAGAUGCAGAUUCUGGAAAUAAGAGAGAACCAUCUCUAAAUGAUAUUUUGGAAGACAUUUUCUGUUUUUCUAUAAACUCGGAUCAUAGUAAAGCAAAAAAUUUAGUAUAUUUAGAAGAGGUAAGAAAUGUACAUGAGAAAGAGGAACUGGAUAUAAGUUUGUUACAUUAUGCUUUAUUCGAGAGAUUAUUUAUGUGUAAUGAGAAUUCAGAACUUAAUUCAAUGGAUAAAACGGAUUCACAUGCUCAUGAGACUAGAGUCAUAAAUUAUUUAUACUCGGCAUAUAAAAAAUUAAAAGAAUGUACAGCAUUAAAAGCGGAAGAUUCAGACGAAAUUAGAGAUAAAAUAGUACAGAAUGUAGCUACUGCUAUUAUUCAACCAGAUUUAUAUUCUGGGCAAAGUAUCGAUAAUGAGAUGAUUAAUAUUUUGAAAGAAGCUGGGCCUCACCAUGAUACAUUCUUUGUAGAAUCUAGCAAAAAAGUACUUGAUGAAGAAAAUAAUAAUACGGCAUCUUUAUGUAAAUUUAUAGAAUCUAUGAAUAAAAUAUUAACAAAUGAGCUGAUUAAAUCAUCGUUAAUAAGUUUAGACUACUCGUUAUUUAAUUACUUAAAUGUGAUGACUCCUAAUGAAACUUUGGCGGAGUUAUUUAUUGAAUGUUGUUUCCCUAGUAGAAUUAAUGUGGGAGCCGAUUAUGCUAUAACUCCUAUCGGAGCUCUUCUUAAUCUGUCCAUAUUGCCUAAAGUUCCUGGAGGAAAAUUUGACCAUUUUACUGACCCUAUGGAUCAGGCUUCAAAUUCGCGAGUCGAAGGAAUAUUAUGGGCUAAUUUAGAUAAGCUCACUCAAAGUAUUCAAAAUUUUUUAUUGUCGUUAUUAAAAUGUAGUUCUAAAGUAAAAAACAAGACUCUGUCAUGGCUUGGAAGUUGUUUAAAGAGUAACGUGGAUCGAGGAAAAAUUUGGAAUUCUCAGGCUCCUCCAGAAUUAAAUCCAGCUAAUUAUACUAGUGUAACUGAUGGUUUUAUGAUUAACAUGUGCAAUGUUAUCUUAAGGAUGUGUCAACCAUUUACCUCCUAUUUUAAAGAUAAUAAAAUUUUGAAGGUUGAUCCGACGUACUGUUCUGUUCCUAAUGAAAAAACUGAAGCCAGAAAUAUCCACAUGCAGGAUUUGUCGGGAGAAACUUGCUUCUUACCGGUUGCUUCCAAUGAAGAUCUAGAAGAGGAAAGGUUGAUGGCUUCUUCUUAUAAUUUUAUAACGGAGUGCUUCUAUAUGUGCCACAAAGCUAUAGACCUCGGUUAUAAAGUGGGGGUGGACAAAUUGGUUCGUCAGAAUCAUGAGAUGGGUCGUUUAGAAAGAGCGUUUAAUGAUGCUGUUCAGCAGGCGGGUGGCAAUUCUGAUUUAGUUAGUACGAUUAGGGAGAGAAUGACUGAUGAACUAUCAAAAUAUUUGUCUUUGAAGUGUCAACUGUCCGAUCCGAUCCUAAUGAAAAAUAUGUUCGAUUUUACGUCAGCGACAUCGUAUUGGUUGUGCCAAGUCGCAGUUCAUGAUGACUUAAGCGACCCUAAUUCUUAUGCACCUCUAAACGAGUUGCCGAUAAAUUUUCCAUUAUCCAGUAAAAUUCCCAAUACAUUAAAAUGCAUUCCAGAAUUCUUGGUAGAAAACGUAGUGUCCUUCCUAGUAUUUACAAGACGUUUCACACCGAAAACGUUCGAGCAACAAGGCUUUGAUAAACUCAGACCUCUCUUAACUUUUAUACUUAUUUAUAUGGGGUCUCAACACCACAUGAAGAAUCCUCAUCUGAGGGCACGACUUGCGGAAGGCCUAGAGUCCCUUUUGCCGUUCCAUAAGGACGAACCUCCAGGAAAUAAUCUGGGAGGGUACCAGAGGCAAAUGUUAUUUACGCAGCAUCCCCAUAAAUUACAGAUUGUUGAAAACUUGAUGAAUGUGUUUGUCGGAAUUGAAAUGACUGGCCAGAGUGUUGAGUUCGAGCAAAAGUUCAACUACCGCAGACCGAUGUACACGGUUUUUGAUUAUUUGUGGGAGUUAGGGGAGCACAGGGAACGUUUUCGAAAGUUGGCAGAUGAAGCGGAGAAAAAUAUGGAGGCGGUCAACCCGCCGCUUUUUUUAAAAUUCUCUAAUUUGUUAAUUAACGAUGCGAUAUUUUUGCUCGACGAAGCUCUUGCUAACAUGGCGAAGCUGAAGGAGAUGCAGCAAGCACAGGACAACGGGGAGUGGUCGCAAUUAAGCGCAAGGGAGAGGACGCAGAAUAUAAGUUACAUGCAUCAUAUAGGGAACUUGGCUAGGUUUGACAAUAUAUUAGGGAGGGACACGAUAAUUACCUUAGAGAAACUUACUUCCGAAAUAAGUAUUGUAUUCACCCAUUCCACCAUCGUGGACAGGAUAGCGGCCAUGCUGAAUUAUUUUCUAUUGAAUCUAGUAGGCCCGAAUAAGAAGAAUUUUAAGGUUAAGGACUCCAAGGAAUACCACUUCGAUCCCGCCGGCACCGUAUUAGAAAUUUGUAAGAUCUACGUCCACCUUAAAGACAGCGACGCCUUCUGCCUUGCCGUUUCUCAGGACGGCCGUUCUUACAGCCCGACCCUCUUCUCCUUAGCGGAAGACGUGAUGGUUCGGAUAGGUGGGGGUCCGCUAAUUGGUGAACUGAAAGAGGUCGCCGAUAAAGUUGCACAGAAGGCUCUGGAGCACAAGGCCAACGAGGAGGCCAUGAUGGAGGCCCCCGAUCACUUUUUAGAUCCGAUCAUGUCCACGAUAAUGACGGAUCCCGUGAUUUUGCCCAGUUCCAAGCAGACCGUCGAUAGGACUACUAUUGCUAGGCACCUUCUGAGUGACCAAACUGAUCCUUUCAAUAGGUCGCCUCUUUCGAUGGAGCAGGUUAUACCAAAUAAAGAAUUAGCCGAAGAAAUAAGGAAAUGGGUAGGGGAAAGAAAAGCCAAUUAGGUUAAAUGGUGAUGAACCAGUUCCUUGUUAGUUGUAAAGAGUAAGCCCAUAUUCUUUUUAUUUUAACGUAAAUAAAAAUGACUCACAACUGAUUUUACGUUUCGGCCUUUAAGAAAAGAAUUAAUGUAAACACUAUCAAUUUUUUAUUUUUUUGGUAAUUUAAGUUUCUGUUUUUAAAAGCGAAGAAAAUGGGCCGCUGCUUACUUUCGAUUGGAUUCCAAAGUGGUUUUUUAACUUUAUAUUUUACUAUUUUAAUGUAACGAAAAUCUAUUAAGCCUUCUUGUUAUUUUUUUGUUGAAACUGUAUUUAUUGUAUAACUAUAUGUGAUCGAUUUAAAUACAUUUAUUUUAUGAUUUAA